ACACUGCCUGAGAGGGUGAAAAUAGAACUUCGAGAGGCCGUCUCGAGUUUCAUUCUGGAUUCCAAACAUAGCAUGGAUUUUUCUGACUUUCUGUAGCAGAGCAAACGAUUCUGCAGUGCGUAAACACAGUCUAUACCCGUAGGAUUUUCUCAAAGGUUCGGAUUAAAAACAAUAUUACGAGCUGUUCAUAUUGUGGUCCUGAAUGGCAGAAUCUAAACCCAGGUGGUGGUGAUCCAGAGAGUGCUAGGCUUAACGAUGGCAGCCACAGCGUCUAGUGGUGGGACCACUGGGGAAAGUACUGAAGAUGAGACCGCGUUUUUAAGAACAGGAGACCAGCUAUGUUUGAUGUGCUCGUCCCAGAGCAAGGUGUCAACCGACACCAUGAUCCUGGCAGCCGAGGUCUUCGGUAAUCGUGUAUGUCACUUGGAGAAGAGGGCUGGUCAGGAUAUGCCAACCGAUUUGACAACAUGUGUAUUUUACUUAGAGCAGGCCCUCUCAGUGAAAGCUCUCCAAGAGAUGGUAACAGCUGAUGCCAUGGAAACGGGCGGGCAAGCAGGUCACAAGACAUUAUUGUAUGGGCAUGCAGUCCUGCUGACGCAUGCUGUCAGUUCCAUGUAUUUAUCAUGCUUGCCAACAAGUUCAUCAACGGAUAAGUUAGCCUUUGAUGUCGGUCUUCAAGAAACAGCUCAAGGCGAAUCAUGUUGGUGGACGAUUCAUCCUGCAUCUAAGCAGAGGUCAGAGGGUGAGAAGGUCAGAGUAGGCGAUGACUUGAUCCUGGUUAGCGUAUCAUCAGAACGAUAUCUUCACAUAUCAACACCCAAAGGAAACUGCCCAUCAAGAGUACAGGCAUCAUUCCAAAAGGCACUAUGGACGGCAUUACCGGUCAGCUCCGGGUCAGUAAAAUCACGAGCCAUGGGGUUUGUCAAUGGCCUGGAUGUGCUGCGCUUCUCUCAUGGGCACAUCAAUGAAUUCCUGACAGUACCUGCAGCUGGAUGUAAAGAUGACAGCCGCAUCAGCGAAGUGGCUUAUGAAUGCGGAGACGUCUCUAAAUAUGCUCGAUCAUUAUGGGCCAUCGAGUUGUUAUCCAAACGAUGGAAUGGAAGCUACCUUUCUUGGGGACAGCCUUGUAGGAUUAAGCACAUAACGUCAGGAAAGUAUCUUGCAAUUAAUGAAGAAAAAGAUGUGUUUAUUGCACCAAAGCAGAAUGCUGACCAUAUUAGCAGUGUGUUUUGCCUCAGGCAAUCAAAGGAUGACCAAGAGGAGUUUGACAACAAAGGAGAACAGGGAAUGCGUCAGGCUGAAAUCAAGUAUGGAGACUCCACUGUGUUCAUACAACACUACUCCACGCAACUUUGGCUCACUUAUCUGGUUUCUCAGACAGGAGUUUCUGCACACGCUGCUGAGAGAAAGGUGGUUGUACAUUCUGAGGGUCACAUGGAUGACGGUUUCUCGGUUGUGAGAGCUCGACAAGAGGAAUCGCGAUCUGCAGGUAUCAUUAGGAAGAGUGGAACAGUCUUCCAUUCUUUCAUCAGCGCCCUCGAUUCAUUACAAGAUGUUGGUGACGACAGAGCAGUGUGGGAUAGCUUCUCAUUGGAAGAUCUUACUAAAUGUUUAGAAGACCUUAUUACAUAUUUUGAAGAACCUGAAGAUAAUAUAGCUUAUGAAGAAAAACAGAAGAAAUUGAAAGCAUUGCGGAAUCGACAGGAUUUAUUUUAUGAGGAGGGUAUGGUAUCAUUAGUUCUGGAUACCAUUGAUAAACUAAGUAUGUACAAGAGCGGACGGGAUUUUGGUGCUAUAGCCGGGGCAAGUGCUGGAGAAUCCUGGGAGGUGAUUCUUAACUACCUCUAUAAAUUAAUAGCUGCAAUGAUACGCCAUAACCAUAGUAACUGUUCCUUAUUUGCUCAGGCGGCUAAACUCGACUGGUUGGUCAGUAGACUUGAAAAUCAACAAGCUUCUAGUGGUGUUUUAGAAGUGUUACACUGUGUGCUAAUUGGAAGUCCAGAGGCUCUUCACAUCAUCAAAGAACAGCAUAUCAAGUCGAUGAUAUCACAACUUGAAAAACACGGUCGGGAUCACAAGGUUCUCGACGUACUUUCCGCGUUAUGUGUCGGCAAUGGUGUCGCUGUCCGCGCAAACCAAAACCUGAUCUGUGAAAAUUUACUCCCUGCCCGAGAUUUGCUUUUACAGACAGCAUUAGUUGAUGAAAUUGUUAGUUUAAGACCCAAUAUAUUUAUUGGGUUAAGUACGGGUGCUGCAAUAUAUAAAAAAUGGUACUAUGAAUUAGCGAUAGAUGAGGUGGAAAGUGUCAACUCUAGGCCACCUCAUAUCCGUAUUGGCUGGGCUACUACGGAUGGGUUCAGGCCCUAUCCUAGAGGAGGUGAAGGCUGGGGAAGCAAUGGUGUUGGUGAUGAUCUAGGAUCUUUUGGAUUUGAUGGCCUUAAUAUCUGGACUGGUGGUAUGUCAAAACCAGCACAUUGGAAUAAUUGUCGUCUGCUUAGUAAAGGUGACAUUGUAGGCUGCUGUUUUGACCUGAGUAUUCCAAGAGUGCUUUUCCAUGUCAACGGCAACCCAAUCAAAGCUUCGUUUGAAGGCUUUAACUUGCGAGGCAUGUUCUACCCAGUUAUAUCAGUAUCAGCUAAAGUCAGUGUGAGGUUUUUAUUUGGCGGGAAGAAUGGCCGUUUUAAAUUCACAGCGCCAAAAGGUUUCGCCGCUAUCUGUGAGUCCAUCCUUCCUAAGCAGAAACUACGCAUUGAACCAUGCUUUGGUUUUGGCAAGCUGUCCGAGAAUAUUUUAUCCGGUCCUGAGGCAUCUCGUGGGUACACCACAUUUGUACCCAAACCAGUAGAUACCUCUCAGAUUCUGCUACCAGGCUAUGUAGAAGUUUUGCGAGAUAACUUGGCUGAGAACAUCCAUGAAAGAUGGUGCAUGAAUAAGAUAGACAGUGGAUGGACGUGGGGGAAGGUUCGAGACGAUAUAAAGAAAAUUCACCCAUCAAUAGCGCCAUUUGAUACUCUCUCUGAGGAGGAGAGAAACUCAGACAUUACUAUGGCUUUCGAAACACUAAGGACUUUAUUAGCUCUUCACUAUCACCUCGGUAUUGACGAAGACGCAUCUAGAAAGAAUUUGCACAAGCUCAGAUUGCCAUUAAAUUACAUCAUGCCAAAUGGAUACAAGCCCGCCCCCUAUAAUCUGUCAUCCAUCAUUCUCAAUCCGAUGCUGGAGCGACUGGUUGAUCUGCUGGCAGAGAACUCGCACAACGUAUGGGCAAAGGAGAGGAUUGAACAGGGUUGGACGUACGGCUUAUCAGAAGACGGUGCGUUCAAAAGGAACCCACUGCUGAUCCCUUACAGUGAACUGGACGAUGAGGCUAAGAAGUUGAACUGGUCGUCUGCUGCUGAGACUGUCAAAUCCAUCAUCGCCUUUGGUUACACCUUAGAACCACCACCAUCUGAGGUUUUCGACGGUGGAUUCCGAGGUCUAGUACAGGAAAUGGCAGACACAACACAGAAAUGUAGGGUGUUCCGCUCAGAGAAAAGCUAUGCGGUAACUUCAGGAAAAUGGUAUUAUGAGUUUGAGGUUCUAACAGCAGGCAGAAUGAAUGUAGGUUGGGCACGACCUUCCAUUGAUCCUGGUGUCAGCCUUGGCGUGGACGGCAAAGCUUUUGUCUUUGAUGGAUUUCUUGCUCGCAAAUGGAACCAAGGCUCUGAACAUUUUGGUAAGAUCUGGAAAGUAGGCGAUGUGAUUGGCUGCCUACUUGACCUUGUUAACAAUUCAAUAAGUUUUACUUUGAAUGGAGAGCUUAUGAGUGACUUAUCAGGAUCAGAAAUGGCAUACAGAGAUAUUGAAGUAGAGGAAGGUUUUAUACCGGUUUGGAACAUGGCACCUGGCGAAGAAGCAAAAUUGCAUUUUGGACAGGAUUUAAAUGCAUUGCAGUAUUUUACUGUGUGUGGAUUGCAAGAGGGAUAUGAACCUUUCUGUGUAAGGAUUGGUUAUGCUUUUGGGAAUAUGAAGAAAGAUUUGCCUCUCUGGUACUCAAAGAGCCAACCUGUGUUUGCCUCAAUCACAGACGAUCAUGAGAAACUUCGAGUCACAACAAUACCAGCAAGUGUUGAAGGCCCACCUUGUUUGAAAGUGUCUUAUAAGAAUUCUGGUUCACUGGAGCAUCCACCUUGUGAAUUCAUCCGUCUGAGCAUGCCCAUUGAAUGCCAAGAUUCCUCAUCUGGAGAGUUGGCGGUCUCCAUUCCAGUCCCAUCAUUACAACGUAGAGACAAGAAGGGCUGGAUGAAUCAGGCUAGUGGUAGCUUUGAAUCUGGUGGCACUGAUUAUUCAUAUGAUGAAGGAAAAGUGAAUGGUUACCAUAGUAACACUCUUGAAAGUGAUUCAGAUCUUGAUAUUGUACCAAUUAAUCGUCUUGCAACAGGAUUUAAAAGAAAAAAACCAACAAAACCAGAUAGUGACUCUGAUACCGGCCAAAGGUCAAAUGGUACAGACAUCGUGAAGGAAAAAAAGAAAAUGUCCACUCUAGGCUUCAGCCGUAAGAUCCCAUUUGUCAGAGCAAGUUCUACCGAAGCAGAUGCCUCCUCAAAAGAUGAAGGUCUGACAGUUAAGAGUAGGCGUAGUAAGUUUAUGAAAAGCGCAAGUGAGGAUUCUACGGUUGAGCGCAGAAAUCGAAGUAAAUCUCCAUCAGGAAGCAAAUCAAAACGCUCCAAAAGCCCAGAUGAUUCUCUAACGGAUCUGCCGAGUCCCCCCAGCAUUAGUUCCACCAGUACGGACAUACCACUUCGACCAAAGCUUUCCAAAAUCAACUCUAUGGGAAGUAGUUUUGAUCGAUCUGUGGAGAUAUUAUCGGAUAUUAGUGAAGUGGACUCAAUCGAUAUGGCUAAUGCCAAACGAUAUUCCUUUGCGGUACGGAUUCUACCUGGUCAGGAACCAGGUGAUGUCCAUGUCGGAUGGGUGAGCCCGAACUUCCAUUUUAUGAAAGAUAAAUUCAACGCUCUUGACACAAGGGAAGUACGAGUGAACACAUUAAAUGAAAUUGGAGUAGUACAAGAAAGUGUCAAGCGUCGUGAUUGCUAUAUGAUUGCUGUAGGCAGCUUCUUAGAUGUUGGUUCUGGUGAUGGCAGGCCCAUAGCAACUGGUGUGACUGUGGGAUGUGCAAUUGAUGUCAGUAGUGGAGAGCUUUCAUUUACUAUCAAUGGCAGGGAUAUUGGAUCCAAGUUUCAGGUUGAAUCUACCACCAGACUAUAUCCAGCCGUUGUCGUUGCCCCUAGCACCAAUGAAAUGCUGCAAUUUGAAUUAGGAAGGUCAAAGAACUGCCUUCCUUUGUCUGCUAGCUGGUUUCGUGGCGAGGCUGGUAACACGAUCGGCCAAUGCCCUUCGAGGGUCAAGGUGCAAGCGAUGCAGUCUUUCUCCUGGGCGCGUGUUCCUAACAAGGUCCCUGACAUCGAAUCUAAGAAAGUGUCAGACAGCUCAGGCUGGGUAGUUUCCUUAAGUGAUCCAGUGUCCUGGUUGGCUGUUCAUAUUCCGGAGGAAAAUCGUAGUUUAGACAUUCUAGAGUUAAUUGAACAUGACAAUCUUUUAGAAUUCCACAACAAGACAUUACAGCUAUAUCGGGCUGUUUGUUCCCAUGGGAACCACUCUGUUGCACAUGCUCUAUGCAAACAUGUAGACCAGAACCAGCUCAUGUACUGUAUACAGUGCUCUUAUAUGUGUGGGACAUUACGGAUGGGCUACCAUGACUUGCUUAUCUCUGUUCAUCUGGAAACGCUAUGCAGUGCAAGGAAAAUGACCCAGGAUGAGUUUAUUAUCCCUUUGGGGGUUAACUGUGGCAAAGUUUAUGAGUGUGAUGCGGAUAAUGAGCCACGAAGCCACUCUAUCAAGAGGGCGCUAAGUACAACUCAGAACACCUCCAUCAGACCUUCACAACUGAUGACGGAUGAUAAUGAUACACCUGUAAAGAGCACAGAGACCAGCCCACCACCUUUCAACCGAUUGUUGCUGAAGGGACACAUCAUUCAGUGCCUCACCGAGUCUGUAUCUCAUGGGGUUUCCCAAUCUAGGGAUCCGAUUGGUGGAAGUUACAAUAAUUUAUUUGUACCAUUGCUAAGAUUAUGUGAUUGUUUGCUUGUCAUGGGAGAGAUUGAUGAUGAAGAUUUAAAACAGCUGCUUAUCCUUAUCGACCCAACAACAUUUGAUGAUACAUAUGUUUCAGGUGUCAGCACCCAUAUUGGUCUUCUUCAAAUGCACCUUGACGAACCAGUUAAGCUAGAGAUGUGUUACCUAUUGCAACAUUUGUGUGACAGUCAGUUACGGCACCGAGUCGAAGCCAUCGUCAAUUUCUCGGAUGAUUUUGUAGCCGAAUGCCAAGCGGACCAGGAGAGAAGGUUCCAAGAAGUGAGUUCUGCAGACUUACCUCCCAUUGUUACAGCUAAGAAAACCAAAGAAUUCCGAUCAACACCUAUUGAACAGAUGAGAAUGCUUCUGAGCUUCAAAACAGAAGAAGAGCUUAGCAUUUGUCCAUGUCGAGAAGAUCUACGCGACGUCUUGACUGCGUUCCAUGAAAAUUUGAUCUCGCAUUGCGGUGUGCAUGAGCAAACUGAAAAUGAUGACAAAGAUAUCUCUUGGAUUGGUCGUUUCCUCCAGUGGUUAAAGGGAUCCAAAAAGGACACGGAAGAAAAAGAAGACUUCAUGAAAAAGUUUUCAGGAGACUCGUUAUCCUUCCUGAUCUCUGGAACUAUGGUGAAUUGGGCACAAGAGCAACACAUUGAGGAUUCAGUCCUUAUCCGGGAAAUGUUUCGACUGAUGUACCGGCAGUACGAUGGGGUGGGAGAGCUUUGCAGAGCUUUAUACAAGACGUAUGUUGUUAGUAGUGACCAGAAGGAAGACAUCAUAAACCUGUUGACAUCGCUGGGUCACAUAAGGUCGUUACUUACGAUCCAAAUGGGGCAAAUGGAAGAAGAAGCUCUCAUUAAGCAUUUGUGGGAGAUGACUGAUAACAAAGUAUUCUAUCAGCACCCUGACCUAAUGAGGGCGCUGUGUGUUCAUGAGACGGUCAUGAACGUUAUGGUCAAUGUCCUAGAAAAACACCAGACUUCUAUCCAGCUGAGUAGUGGUGAGGUAAACCCGUCCAAUCAGAGCAACCAACUCAGUGGCAUGGCCAGUACAGCAAAAUCUCAGAAGGACAUGAAUUUUAACCAUGAGGUUAUAGCUGCCUGCUCCAGGUUCCUUAGCUACUUCUGCCGCAUAGCAAUGGAUUGUCAGAUGGCUCUCUUUGGGGGCCUAGACUAUCUUCUUGACAUCAGUUAUAUUGGACUAUCUUUACCCUCUCUGAGAGGAUCAUGUCCUUUGGAUGUUGCUGCCGCAUCAUUGAUGGAUAACAAUGAACUUGCUCUGGCCUUGCGAGGGCAGCAUUUAGAGAAAGUGAUCAAAUAUCUGUCAAAAUGUGGCAUGAAGAAUAAUGCUAGGAUGAUGUCACUCGGAAAGGAGAAUAUUGGAUGGGACCCGCUCGAUGGAGAACGUUACCUUGAUUUCAUGAAGCAUGCUGUGUGGGUGAAUGGUGAGACUGUGGAGGAGAAUGCUAAUUUAGUUGUACGCCUACUUAUUCGUCACCCUGAAUGUCUUGGUCCAGCACUGAGAAGUGAAGGCAAAGGGCUGCUGGCAGCUAUGAAAGAUGCAAUUGAGAUGUCUGAAAGUGCUGAAGAGGGAUUCCCACCUGGAAUGCAGAGCCUACCAAAGAUUAUCACUGAAGGGGGAGAAGAGCCAGUACCUGAAGACGAAGAUGAUGUUGACAUGGGUGGAGCAAUACUGACGUUUUAUGCUGUAUUAAUCGACUUACUUGGUAGAUGUGCACCGGAUAAACAAGUUCUCAGUCAUGGAAAAUCUGAAUCGCAGAGAAUGAGAGCCAUUCUUAGAAGUUUGGUGGCCCUUGAUGAUCUUGAAGGCGUACUUUCAUUAAAGUUCAACUUGCCGUCACCAAGUAAAGUCUACGAGAAAAAAGAUGACACACUAGGGAAGCCACUGGGAGCAGACUUAAAGGGAUUAACACCCAGCCACAAGGAAGCGAUGUUGCUGUUCAUGGAACGAGUGUACGGAAUCAGUGAUCAGGAGAUGUUCUUUAGACUACUAGAAGUAGGCUUCCUACCAGACUUAAGAGCUGCUAUGGCUAUGGACACGCCUAAUACCCAUGACCAUGACAUGGCUCUUGCCUUGAAUCGAUAUCUAUGCAAUUCGGUGCUACCGUUACUCACGCGCCACGCUCACAUGUUUGAGAAUGCUGGCCAUAACAUCUCCCUACUGGAUUCUACACUCAAUACUGUCUAUCGUCUGUCCAAAUGUCGGUCACUUACAAAAGGCCAGCGAGAUACUAUUGCUGAUUUUCUUGUGGCACUGACCAAGAGUCUGCGACCAUCCAUGAUGCAGCGUCUACUGAAGAAACUUACUGUAGAUGUCCCUGUAUUAGUUGAACAUACUUAUGUAGCUCUGAAGAUCCUGACCUUACAUUAUGAGAGGUGCAUUGACUACUACGGCAGUCAUGGAGGCUGGGGCAGUUAUGGUGCAGCUAACGAUGAGGAAAAACGCCUAACGAUGAUGCUGUUCACAGGACUCUUUGAUGCUCUAGCUGAUAGGGAGUAUGAUGCGGAGUUGUUCAACAAGGCCCUCCCGUGUCUGACUGCCAUUGGUAGAGCUCUUCCACCCGAUUAUUCUAUGGCCUACCACGACGAGAGCCUCAUACGAGAAUCAAACAUUGAUGCUGAUGGCGUUUAUCAACCAUGCCCCGUGGACACGUCUAAAAUCCAUUUGAAUGAAAAUCUAUUAUCCUUCCGAGAUCGAUUUGCAGAGUUUCUACACGACACUUGGUCCCUAGAAAAGUUUGAGCAUGGAUGGACUUUUGAUGAAGUUACCAAUCCUAUGAUGCAACAUCACGCCAUGCUGCGACCAUACCGCAAUCUCACUACAAAGGAAAAAGAUCAGUAUAGGGACGCCAUCAAAGAGAGUCUUAAAGCCAUUCAUGCUUGGGGUUGGACGAUAGAACGUAGCAGCUCAGACCAGAACAAACAACUACGAAGAAGACUUUCCAAGACUAGCCUGGGAGUAGUGGAGUCACCACAUGGGUAUAACCCACGCCCAAUUGACAUGAGCAACAUCACCCUAACAAGAGAUAUGCAGAAUAUGGCGGAGAGACUUGCUGAGAAUGCUCAUGACCUGUGGGCCAAGAAGACAAAGACGACACUUGAAGCUUCUGGUGGAGAUUGCCAUCCCCUUUUGGUGCCGUAUGACAUUCUUACGGAUGCGGAGAAGAAGAAAGAUCGACAGAUGACACAAGCCCUCUUAAAAUUCCUUCAAGUCAAUGGAUAUCGAUUACAAAGCGACACAUCAAAUGAAGAUGAGAGGAAUGGAAGCAGUGAUGCCCAGGACAGGAUGUCUCAUGUCAACAAUACGAUUGAAAAACGCUUUGCAUACAAUCUGCUGGAAAAGUUGAUACACUAUGUUGACAAGGCUCAGGCAAACCUCAGACCAGGUUUUAAGAAAAGAGAAAUGGAAGAAAGAAGUUACAAGUUCUUUGUCAGGGUUGUACUUCCAUUGAUUGAGAGGUAUUUUGAGGCCUAUUGCUGUUACUUUGUGUCCAGUCCAAGCUCACUGCAGUCAAGUCGCUUUGGAAGUGCUUCACACAGAGAAAAAGAAAUGGUUGCCAGUUUGUUUUGCAAGUUAUCACACCUUGUUCGCCAGAAGAUAAACCUUUUUCAAGCCCAAGACCUUAACUGUACGGUGUGCUGUUUAGAGGUCGUAGCAACAGCAAUUGAUGGGAGGUCCAUUACCAAACAUGGUUCAGGCUCUGUGAAGAACGCCCUCCUAGUUUUCUUCUGCAAUGCUGCAGACGACCUGGAUUGCACCCAAGUUAACGUGAAGUCCGGCUACUUCAGUCACGUCAAGCCACCAGACUUCAAGGAGGGGUUGAUCAUGAAGUAUGUGGCUGGUGUACUUCUACCGGUGCUUACUAGCCUCUUCAAACACGUUGGCAAUUUCAAAUUCGGGGAAGAGCUACUGCUUGAUCAAGUACAGCUUGCUUGCUACAAAAUCAUCAAGACUUUGUUUGCUCUAGGAGCAGCUAAGCAGUUCUCUGCUGACUGUGAGAAGGAGAAAAAGUGCAUAGAAAGUCAUCGGCCUGCUAUUGGAGAACUGUUGGCAGCAAUUGCCGGUUCGUUCCCGGUGGCGUUCCUAGAGCCUCAGCUGAACAAAAACAACCGGAAUUCAGUAUUAGGACAGCAAGCAAUGAGAGCUAUUGCAAAAGGUGAAGCGGAAUUAGAAGGUAUCAACAGUUCUUCAUAUGGCAUUCCAACACUGGAAGCCAUGAUCCGGGAAAUUGAUGAGAUGGCAGAAUCCGGAGCUAAAUACUAUGAGGCACCACAUGUGAUUGAGGUGAUAUUACCCACCUUGUGCAGCUACCUACCAUUCUGGUGGCAAGAGGGCCCUGACAGCAUCAACAGAAGACAGGGUAAUUAUUGGACGAUGGUGAGUUCUAGAAACAUGAACACCACACUAGGAAAUGUGCUGACCCUCAUCAAGAACAAUCUAGGCUCAGAAAAUGCACCUUGGAUGAGCAGGAUAGCAGCCAUUUCGCUACCCAUCUUGAGUAAUGCUGAUGAGAGCAUGCUAAGUUCACACUUUCUACCGGUGGCGGAGGUGCUACGCAGACGAGCCGAGAUAGUAUUCCAGAGCGAGGAGGAUCUUAAGAAAAACUUCCCAGGAGGUGGGACAGAGAUGGAAGAAGCUGAGCUUGAACUGCUUGAGCAUUAUGGUUUGUUGGUGAGAGAUGUUUUUGCAUUCUAUCCGCUUCUGAUCAAGUUUGUUGACCAUCACAGAUCAAAAUGGCUUCAGUCUUCAAGUGUGUGUGCUGAGAUGCUUUAUAAACAUGUUGCUGACAUCUUCAACUGGUGGGCCCAGUCAUCAAAUUUCAAACGAGAAGAGCAAAAUUACAUCGCUCAAAAUGAGCCACAAAGUAAUGCAGGACGAGAUCGUGAUAACAAGAGCUACUCAUCUAGCAGAAUUGUUGCAUGCAUUAAACGUCUCCUACCAAUUGGAAUGAAUCUCUACGGAGCAAUGGAGCAAGAGUUGGUCCAGGAAGCCAAACAGAAACUACUGGAGCGGGAUACAGAGAAAGAUGUUCGUGAAUUCUUACUCCACACUCUGCGUCAGCAGGAGAAAAAGGUUGAUGAUGACGAGGAUUCGUCAGAUUUAGAACCCUGUAGAAACUCUUCAUCCACUUCCUCUCAUUCACCUUCUCAUGGUCCCCAGGUGUCCAGUUGGCAGCGGCGUCUGUAUUCCAAGAUGUCCUCUAGUAACUUGUCCAAUGUCAGUCUUCCUCAGGAAGAGGUUGUUCAGAGGGUACUCAGUAUGGCUAUCGUUUUACACAGACUUCACAUCACUGAACAUCCUCCGGUAUCAAAGAAAAGUGCAUGGCGUCGUCUGAUCUCUGCUCAGAGACGCCGUGCCAUCAUGGCCUGCUUCAGGAUGAUACCUCUACGUGCUCUUCCAAGGCAUCGUGCCAUCAACUUUUUCCUGAGAAUCUACAAAGAAAAAUGGCUGGGAGUUGAAGAAUCUGCAAGACAUUUGCUGAUUGAUGAUAUCACGAAAGAAGAUCUGGAGGAGCUGCCUGAAGAAGAAAUCAAAGAUCCUCUACAGCAAUUAGUUAUGAUGUUCUGCCGGGCUGCUAGUCUACACCAAAACGCUGUAGAAGAUGAUCUCUACUUGUCUUAUGCUGAGAUAAUGAGCAAGAGUUGCAGUGGCGAUGAUGAGGAUGAUGAUGAUGAUGACGAGGAACCAGGAGUCUCCUUUCAGGAACAAGAAAUGGCGAAACAGAAGCUGUUGUCUGAACAGGGCCGACUGGCCGACAGACAAGUGUCUGAGAUGGUCUUGCUAAAUAUCAGUGCCAGUCAAGGAAAGGCUUCCUCGAUGGUAAAAGACACUUUAAAUCUUGGUAUCUCUCUCUUGCGUGGAGGAAAUGUAACUGUUCAGGAGAAAAUGCUAGCCCACUUACAGGACAAAAUGGAUGUUGGAUUCUUUACAAGUUUAGCGGGAAUCAUGGAAUCUUCCAGUGUUCUGGAUCUAGAAGCCUAUGAACGUUACAACAAGGCCAAAGGCUUAGGUGGUGGAUUUGGAGAUAGUGCAGAUGAAAAUGGUGCUAUUGCAGGAGAGCAAGCAUUGCACGAUGCGCCCAUCACAUGUGCUUUGUUUCGAUUCCUUCAGCUUCUUUGUGAAGGGCACAACGGCGAUUUCCAGAACUAUCUACGUACACAGACGGGAAACCAUACAACUGUCAACAUUAUUAUUUAUACUGUGGACUAUCUACUUCGACUUCAGGAAUCCAUCAGUGAUUUUUACUGGCAUUAUUCAAGAAAAGAAGUAGUUGAUGUUCAGGGGCGUGAGAACUUCUCCCGAGCCAUUAAAGUUGCCAAACAGGUGUUUAGAACACUCACUGAGUACAUACAGGGUCCGUGCUCUGGGAACCAGCUAGCCCUCGCUCACAGUCGCUUGUGGGACGCCAUUGGAGGAUUCCUUCAUGUGUUUGCACAUUUACAGAAAAAGUUGUCCCAGGAUGCAAGCCAACUGGAACUGCUGCGUGAACUGUUGAACCUUCAAAAGGAGAUGGUGGUCUUGCUUCUCAGUAUGCUUGAAGGAAAUGUGAUGAAUGGAACAAUUGGCAAACAGAUGGUAGAUGCUUUAGUGGAUUCAUCACAGAAUGUGGAAAUGCUUCUGAAAUUUUUUGAUAUGUUCUUGAAACUGAAAGAUUUGGAAGCAGCUGAUGCAUUUGCUGAAUAUGAUAUCAAUGGAGAUGGAUGGAUCUCUCAGAAAGAAUUUCAAAAAGCAAUGGAAUCUCAGAAAAUGUACACAUCGUCGGAGAUAUCCUAUCUACUGAAGUGUGCAGACACCAACAAUGAUGGUAAAAUUGAUUUCAAAGAAUUCACUGAACGUUUCCAUGGUCCAGCAAAAGACAUCGGUUUCAACCUUGCUGUUCUGUUGACCAACUUGUCUGAGCACAUGCCGAGUGACACUCGACUGCAGCGGUUCAUGGAGGUCGCAGAGAGUGUUCUCACGCACUUCGAGCCUUGCUUAGGACGUAUUGAAAUUAUGGGCAGUAGUAGGCGCAUAGAGCGAGUCUAUUUUGAAAUUAAGGAUUCGUACAAAGAACAAUGGGAGAAACCUCAAAUCAAGGAAUCAAAACGUCAAUUCUUGCAUGAAGUAGUGAAUGAAGGUGGUGAAAAAGAGAAACUGGAAGACUUCGUCAACUUCUGCGAAGAGACUAUCUUUGAGAUGCAACAUGCAGCAAGUAUUAGUGAUGAUAGUGAAGGCUUGACCGAAAGCCUCGGACAGCUGUUCACGAGAGGCAAAGAGUCACAGGGUUUUGUGGGCUCUGUGUUCCGUGCUGUAUCACCUUCCAACUUGAUAUCGCAAGUAAGAGAAACAUGGCAGAAUUCUGAGUAUGACGUCAAGAAGCUACGAACUAUCACAUUGUCGGGUCUUAUCAAGAAUUUCUUCAAACUCCUCUUCUUCUUGUUCUGUAAACUAGGCUCCUUAGGAAUUGCACUCACUUGCUAUAUAUUUAGGUGCAUUGUUGGUAAUAAAACUGGAGAUGCACCUGUUCGGAUUAAUGUUCCUCUGUCAGUAACUGACCGGUUGAAGGUUCCAACCUUAGCAAGGCAGAUUGCUGGCACAACUUCAGCGCCUUCACCUACUGCUAAUGCAAAUGCUAAUUUGUCAGCAUUUGGUAUAGAUAUUUCACGACGUAAGGAAAGUGAAUCUGGAAAGACACUUUUACAUUUCCGUGGCAAGAAACGCAAGGCUGUGUCUGCUCAGAGCUUUGAUUUUGGUAAAACAGAUGCAUCCCCUAUCACCCUAGAUGCAACCGAUUCACCAAACUUACAGAAUGGUCAUGGAACCCAAGUUGGAAAUGGAUUAGGUAGGAGAGAGAGUACAGUCUUUCCAAGUUAUUUUAUGGCAGCAGAGCAAGGCCAGAAUCAAGAUGAAGAAGAAGAAGAGGAAGAAGUGCAACCAGGAUUGUCUAACAUUAAACAAACUGUUCUGAGUUUUUUUGCACGAAACUUCUACAAUCUAAAGACUGUUCUGCUGGUAUUGGCAUUCACAAUCAACUUCCUUCUGUUAUGGUUUAGGGCUACCACCAGUAUGGAAGACGUUCCAGAUGUACCAGUUGAUAUUGCUGAGCCCGAUAUAAACACCACACUUGGCAACGACACAUCAGGAAGCCUUGAGGAGGAGGGCGACCUACCAGAGGUCAUUGAGAUAGCGGAGGGAUAUUACUAUAUAAAUCAUAUACUUCAAACUCUAUGUAUAAUACAUACCCUAGCAUCACUCUCAAUGUUGCUUGCAUAUUGUGCAUUGAAGAUGCCUCUUGCUAUUUUCAAAAGAGAGAAGGAAGUUGCAAGGAAGCUGGAAUUUGAUGGAAUGUGGAUAGUGGAACAGCCAUCCACAGAUGACAUCAAAGGGCACUGGGACAAACUUGCAAUUAGUGCUCCGUCAUUCCCUGAAAACUACUGGGAUAAAUUUGUCAAGAGAAAGGUGUUGAAGAAAUAUGCAGACAGUGUCGGCGAAGAUAAAUUACGUUCAAUGCUAGGCCUUGAGGAAGACAAACCAUCAGAAGAGGAAGGGCUUUUAUCCUCACUAUUAACAGCUGUGGACUUCAAAUACCAAAUAUGGAAAUGUGGUGUCAUCUGCACAGACAAUGUAAGUACAUACAAAAGCACAUUUAUUAAAUUCAAUAGAUGACUUUUUAGUGACGUCAUUUUGUUUGUGCAAUCGAAGCUCCCUAUUACCUUAUUGGUUACCUACAUACUGUAGUUUAGAGUAAGGAUAAAAUUCCAGUGUUAUGUAUGAAGAAUGCUGCUGAAAUCAGUGAUGUCAUUGGAACGUCACUAGAUGACUAGAUUUGAAUUAUUUUUUUUUUAUAAAGAAAUAAUUAUGUAGUGAUAGUUUCGUAAGAGAUUUCAACUAUUUUGUAUCUUCAUCAAAAAGGAUAGAACGACGCUUCUAACUGUUUGAAGUGUUUAUAUGUUUAUUUUUUUGAUGGUGUUUUAUUACAGUGAUUUAAUAUUUAUAGUUUCGGAAUGUUAUCGAUGCAAGUCAUAUAACACAAAUUUAUGAUAAUUUAUUUAUGAAGUGAGAUCGUUUUAUAUAUUAAAGUUUAAUUAUUUGUCCCAGA